AAUCGGGGAGAAAAUCACGGCCGCUCAACAACGGCUCCCAAACUUCCACUAAUCACCAAGAAUCAAGUGGGUACAACAAGUUCUCCUCUCUAGUAAACACUAGAGGCAUACACAAUCAUCAAGGAGCAACCUUGGAACAACAACAAUCAACAAUUCACCAUAAAAUGGAGUAAAAACUCCCAAAAACGGAGGGAGUACCCAUUUUGCUUUAUAAACUCACGCGAAUUCUUUAUCAUGUCAUCUUCAACUUCAAAUGUUCCUUUAUAAAUAUGGAUUCCGAACCUUAUGUAGAUGAUUUAUACUUCUCUGCCCUUUACGAUGAGGACGAAAUCUUCCCCGUUUCAGACGAGAAAUACGCAGAGGAGCUGCAAAUGCAAGAGGCCCUAAUGUCCUCUGUUCUCGUUACAAUGGCGUCCAGAACCUCAGAGACAAAAACCCAAACACCUGGUGAGCAAUCAGACGCCGGCGAAUCCUCCGUAGCGUUCUGCGGAAUCUGUAUGGACAGGAAGCCCGGAGGCGAGAUGUUCCGGAACAAUUCCUGCCGGCAUACGUACUGCACGGAGUGCAUCGGCCGGCACGUCGCCGUGAAAAUCCAGGAAAACAUAAGCUCCGUCAGGUGCCCCGACGUCUCCUGCCCGGGAACCAUCGACCCCCACCUCUGCCGCCCGAUCCUUCCCCGGGAGGUGUUCGAGCGCUGGGAGGACGCGAUCUGCGAGUCGCUGGUGCUCGGAUCGGAGAGGUUCUACUGCCCCUACGCCGAUUGCUCGGCGAUGAUGGUGGACGACGGCGGGGAGGCGGUGACCGCCUCGGAGUGCCCGAAUUGCCGGAGACUGUUCUGCGCCCAGUGCCGGGUCGCGUGGCACGCCGGGUUGGAUUGCGGGGAGUUUCGAGUGCUGAAUGCGGACGAGAGGGGGAGAGAUGACGUCAUGAUGCUCGGGUUGGCCAAGGAGAAGCAAUGGCGGAGAUGCCCCUUUUGUAAGUUCUUCGUGGAAAAGAAAUCUGGCUGUCUCCAUAUUCUCUGCAGGUAUGGGUCAUGUGUUUCCCUUUAACACUCCUAUUCCAUUUUUACCCUUCAUAACAAAAAAAACUCUGGACUAUCUUCUUUUGAAUAUGUAAAAUUGUAAAUAAGGAAUUUGUCUCUUUUAAAUUGAUUUGUUUUUAAAUUAAAAAAAGGUAGUAACAAAAAUAUUUUAUUUUAUCAAAAAAAUAAUAAAAAGGCAUUCACAAAUACUCUGUAAAAAUUAUCGAAUGUCUAUGACAAUAAAUAGACUAUUUUUUA